CAUGGCGUCUGGCAGAUUACGGGUGGCGGUGAUUGGCGCUGGAGCGGCAGGACUCUGUAGCGCCCGUCAUAUCCUCUCCCGACCUUUGACUUUUGAACCUCCUGUGGUUUUGGAGAUGACGGAACAAGUGGGGGGGACCUGGGUUUACACGGAAGAGGUGGAGAGCGGGGCGCACAUCCACUCCAGCAUGUACAGAGACCUGAGUACCAACCUCCCUAAAGAGAUCAUGGAGUUCCCUGAUUUUGCCUUUGACCCGUCCCUACCAUCCUUCAUCCACCACUCCGAAGUCUUGAAAUACCUGGAGGAUUAUACGGACAGGUUCUCCAUCCGACCCCACAUCAAGUUUAAUACCCGGGUAGUGUCGGUCACUCCAGUACUGGGGGAAGGGAAGAACUCAGAGGUUUCCUGGGAUGUGACCUCCCAAACUCAGGACAAUGGAGAUCCUGUGACAGAACGGUUUGAUGCCAUCAUGGUCUGUGCAGGACACUACUCCCAUCCAUUUUUGCCAGACAUUGAAGGGCUGGAGCAGUUUCAAGGUCAAGUGUUGCACAGCAAAUAUUACCGCUACCCAGAAGUCUUCUCUUUCCAUUCAGUUGUCGUACUGGGUGCAGGACCAUCUGGAUUAGAUAUAUCCCUAGAGCUGUCUCCACAUGCUAAGCAUGUCAGUCUGAGCCACCAGGGUUCUCCAUUACAGUGGACCCCGCCUGCAAACCUCUCAUUUGUGCCUCCAGUUGUGCGGGCUACUCACAAUAGUCUGAUUUGUGAAGACGGGACAGAAAUAAUGGCUGACACUUUGAUUUUCUGUACUGGUUAUAAAUAUACCUACCCAUUCUUGUUGACUGGCAGUAACAUGAUGGAAAACCAGAAGAUAGACCAGAGAGAUAAGAUGAAGAGAAAAAAUUUAGAUGAACUUAUAGAAUUGGAAUCUGGGAAAGGGUUUAAAAAAAAUGAGGAAAACCCUCAAGUAAAUGAAACACUUACUGUAAAAUCAGUCCUUCCUAGAGUGGACUUGUUGGAGGAUGAAGACAUUGUGGGAACUAAUGGGGAACAGGGUCAUCUCCCUCCACUCUACAAGCAUCUCUUUCAUGCUCGCUACCCUACUCUGGGCUUCAUUGGAGCUGUUAAAUUUGUGAUUCCUUUCUCAUUGUUUCAUUGCCAGGCACAGUUUUUUCUUUCUGUACUGGGAGGUAAAUUCCAGCUACCUCCUCCAGAGGAAAUGCUUUCAGAAUCCCGCGAAGAAGUCUUAAAAACCCAGAAUUCUGGGAUACCCUUAAAGUAUCUUCACCGCCUUGGAAAAAACUAUUGGGAGUACAUGCAAGGGCUUGCCGAUACAGCAGGUUUUGAGCCAUUGGCCCCCGUGCUCUGCAAAAUAUUUCAGGCCUGUUGGAACUUCAAGAAUAUAGAACCUACAUUAUACCGAAGACUUAACUUCAAGCUCUUGAACAGAGAGGAGUAUGAGAUGAAGGGAGAGGUUCCACUUCCUUUUUUAAAUGCUUUUAAGAAGUCAUUGCCUUAGAUUGCAAGCUCCUUGAGGGCAGGGACUGAUGAAUCUAAGUACACUGUAUAUAGAAACAUAGAAACAUUAUUAAUAUAAUACAGGAUUUAUAUCACGCC